CGUGCUGCCGGUGGCAGCAAAAUUCUGGUGGUUUGUUUUGAUGCCGCGGACAGUAACGUCGGGGCAGUUUUUUUUUCCUGAUAUGUGUGACAUCAUUUUACCGGCCACGAACGUCAUGUCAGCGGACAUGAACGACGAACACGACGACGAACCGAGAGCUAUCAAAAGAAAAAUUUCUCUCUCCAACUGUGUUGUGUGUCAAGCAGAAGAGGCAAAGUACAGGUGUCCUGCCUGUCAAACACAGUCAUGCAGCUUGUCGUGUGUGAAGCGACACAAGGAAGAGUCCGGAUGCAGUGGAGUCAGAGAUAAAACUGCCUACGUUGCCCUGUCGGAGUUUGAUGAAAUGGCGCUUCUCAGUGACUACAGGUUCCUGGAGGAUACAGGCAGGUUUGCUGACGGAGCCUCCAGGGACAAGAUUGUCAAAGUUCCACACAGUACUUUUAAAGCAAAGAAACUCGCAAACUUUGCCAGAAAGAUGAACAUCACUCUGAGGUUCCUCCCCAUCACAUUCAGCAAGAGCAGAGAAAACUCCACCAUCUUCGUCUUAAAGGAGAAAAGGUUCUUGUGGCACCUGAAGCUCCUCUUUCCCCAGAGCAGCAGCGAGUUCAGUCAGAGGAGGGUGGCUGAUGGACAGACGUUGGAGCAGAUCCUGUCAGAUUAUAUCCACCCUACAGAGUCAGACCCAGUGACUCGCCAAAAGUUGAAGGUGUACGUGCAGUUUCCCUUUGAUCACCUCAAAGUCUUCAUGAAGGUGGAGGGAAGGAAGGCAAACUCUCUGAGAUACCAUGAACUGGACCUGAAGAAGAGCCUGAGGGACAACCUGAGCUACAAAAUCCUGAUUGAGUAUCCUGUUCUGCAUGUUGUACUGAAGGAACACUGGAAGGACUUCCCACAGAGAGGACCAGCUGAUGCUACGUCAGCGCGAAAGGAUGUGGCAGUGGACGGAAAGACGGUGGACGCCACCCGGAGUUCACCUUGCCAACAGCAGGAAACACCGGUACCCAACAUCUGGACAGAAACCCCGAAGACAAAGAGCAGCCCAGAAGUUGAACCACCGCAGAAGAAAAGAGCUAAAACUGAGUCCCAGGGAGAGGAGAUAGAAGAGGGAGAGAUCUCAGACAGCAGUGAUGAAGAUGAAGAUGGAAAUGAGGAAAAAACUACCGGCGGUGAUGAUGAAAUCUCUGCUGAUAAAAAGACUAAAGAUGAAGAAGGAGUGGUUGUGGAAAUGAAACCUGAGCAGAGUCAGUAGAGCCACAGGCUAAAGGAGCAGAGUUGACGCCCACAUGCAGCCCUGCUGACUGUAUGUAGAAUCAUGGAGUACCUGGUGUUUUUACCUGUUGACGUCUCAUUUGUUAAUUUACUAAGUAUCGCAGUCUUUGUUUACUUUUGUUUCAAAAAUCAUUUCACUAUUAUUUGAUUAUCAUGCAGGUAAAGGCAGUACAUUACUGUCUAAUAAAGACCUUUUUGCGAAUAUAGGGUUAAUACUUUUUGUGUUUGAUGAAGUGUUGAACUGUAUCCAUUCAUUAUUUGAAACCCAACCUAAAGAAGUAUUAGUAUUUGUACUCUGUAUCAGUAAGUACACAAAUGAAAGUACAUGUACUUAAAACAUGGUAUCAAGACAUGAUAAAUGAAACAUUAAGCA